AUGAUGUUGCAGCUUUCAAUUCGACGCGCAAAGUUGAAGUUUCUCAUGCCUCAGAUCUCUGCUUUGGGAAAUUCCCAUUUCUCAACGGCGGCUCAAUCAUCUUCCAGUAACCGCAAUGCUCUGAAGGUUCCAAAUCUUAUCGGGGGAAGGCUUCUUGACUCAAAAUCAUCAAAUUUCCGUUCAUAG